GUCAUCCUACCUCUCACUUCCAUCCCCGACGUCGACAUCGACAUCGACAUCAUGGGUGCCUCUCCUUCACGCCUCGCCUCCACUCCCGCGCCCACCACGCCCGGCAGUGUAGAGAAGCCUGGCUUCCCUCGCGAUGACGCUCCUCCCCAGACUCGCGGCCACCAUUCGGUCGACCGGCUGAAUCGCAUCACCGCCGAGUCCACCACCCGCUCGUCGUCCUCGUCUACCUCGGUGGACAUCUCCUCCAUCCCCUCCUGGCAGUCUAAGCUAGACCAAGACCCGACCUCCCGCCUCGCGGCGCUCACGCUGCAUAACACAACGAUCAAGGAGAGCCUGAGGGUCAGGAAGAGCGAGGUUCAGAUGGUGGAUGUGUUCAACACGGUGGUGCAGAGGGAGAAUCGACCCAUUACCAACCAGCAAAGCAGCGGCCGCUGCUGGCUCUUCGCCUCGCACAACGUAAUCCGCAACGCCAUGCUCUCCACUCUCAAGAUCGACAGCUUCCAGCUCUCCCAGUCUUACCCCUUCUUCUGGGAUCACUUGGAAAAGGCCAACUGGUUCCUCGAGCAGACACUCGACCUCUACGACCGUCCCGUCGACGACCGCGUCUUCUCCACGCUGAAAGCCGAUCCGGUGGGGGACGGCGGGCAAUGGGAUAUGGCUGCCAACCUGCUCCGCAAGUACGGAGCCGUACCGCAGGGUGUGUACCCGGAGAGCUUCAAUUCGUCGUCCACGGGCGGGGUGGACAAGCUGCUCACCACGAAGCUACGCCGCGAUGCGAUCAAGCUGCGUGCUCUGAAGAAGGAGGCAAUGGCCUCCCUCCAAUCGGCCGGGCUAAGCGAGGCCGACGCCGCCUCUCGCGCGGACGUAGCUUGUCGCAAGGAGAAGGCAGCCAUGCUCGAGGACGCCUACCGCCUGCUCAGCCUGGCAGCGGGCGCCCCUCCCCACCCUGACGAGCCCUUUACCUGGUCCUACCGCAACACGGCCGGCAAAAUGGUGACGAUCCGCUCCACUCCUCGCGAGUUCCUGCGCAAGUACGCCCCCCAAUUCGACGUAGAGGGGCAUGCCAGUCUCGUUCACGACCCGCGCCACAAGCCCAACACACUACUCACCGUGGACCGCCUAGGCAACGUGCUCGAAGGCAACCCCGUGCGCUACAUCAACGCCUGUAUCGACGAGCUGGGCACGAGUGCGAUCAAGCAACUCAAGGCGGGCCUCCCAGUCUUCUUCGGAUGCGACGUCGGUCAAUUCUCCAACUCUCAGCUCGGCAUAAUGGACACGGGGUUGUACGACUUCUCCGUCGUUCUCGGGGAGGGCGAGGGGAUGAGCAAGGCGGAGCGCAUCGAGUAUGGGGAGAGCCUUAUGACGCAUGCCAUGUGUCUUGUUGGGGUGCAGCUGGGCGAGAAGGGGGAGCCGGUGCGCUGGCGCGUUGAGAAUAGUUGGGGCCCCACGGCAGGGAAGGAGGGGUACUUUGUUAUGAGCCAGGAGUGGUUUAGGGAGUUCGUCUAUCAGGUGGUCGUGAAGAGGGAGUUCAUGCGCAGCGAGCUCUGGGACCUCUUCGAGCGCGGCGUAGACGAGAAGACGACCGUCUUGCCCAUCUACGAUCCCUUGGGCGCGCUGGCUUAGGCCAGAGCGGUGCGGCGAUAUCUGCUAGAUCUCGAUUCGACUCGACUCGACAAGACUAGACUAGACUAAACUCUGAGCCUCUCCAAUCUCAUCCAUCCUAUUGAC